AUGAUGCUCUACUCGAAAAAGUUAAAAUAAAAUACACUUAAUAUGAAAUAAGUAAAUUUUCAAAUAAGAAAAAUGAAAGUUCAUCUCAAAAAGAAGAAGAAUAAUUAAAUACUAAAAGCAUUUAAAGAAAAAAACUAGAUAUGCUUAUUUUAGAACCUAAAAGCAUACUUUUAUAUGAAGAUUCGGUUAUUAUUGAAAUUUUAACUAAUAUCGAAUGUAAAUACUUUAUUAGAUUAAACCUUACUAAUUUAUUAUAAACAAAAAAAACAAUAAAACAAAAGAACACUUUUGUAUAAAAAUACUCUAAUAGAUUUAAUUAUAUAGUUUAUUGGUUAGUAAACCAAGUAAUUUAAUAAAAGCAAAUGGAUCUAAGAACAAGUUAUAUAAUAAAAUACUUAGAUUUGA